UGUCAGUUGUGGUGUAGUGCGUGUGGUGGUCGGCUGUGUGCUCGGGUUUUCUUUCAGUGUUGGUGGAUCCCUUCGUUUUUUUUGUUGUCAGGAACGACAUCAAGGCUGAACAUAAUGGGUGACACGUUCAGGGCGCGAGACAUCAGCCUGAAGGCGCAGAAGAAACUCCUCAGCAAAAUGUCCAACAAGAGCAUAGCCAAAAAUUUCAUCGACGACACCCACGCCUCCAUCUUGGAUAACACCUACAACCUCGCCAAAAGUUAUACGGGCAAUAAGAAGGAGGCGGAGAAAUUGGUGAAGAACAUCAUCAAAAUUGUUGUGAAGAUUAACAUCCUCUCCAGGAAUGACCAGUUUUCUCCUGAGGAUCUCAAAGUUGCAAACCAGCUCAAGAACAAAUUCACAACCAUAGUGAAAACUGUUAUCAGCUUCUUUGAAGUGGACUACACUUUCGACCGAUCCUUCUUGAUAAAAAACAUCAACGACUGCCGGGGCCUUCUCAAGCAGUUGGUCGGCAAUCACUUGACGGACAAGAGUCUCGGCCGGAUAGACCACGUCCUUGACUUUUUCACGGAUGCGGCCUUCUUGGAGGAGAUGUUCAGAAAGUCGUCUCCUUAUCGCCCGGCGCUCAAAAGCAUCAUUGAUGACAUGAAUAAAGCUUUUGACGAGGGUGGAAUCUGAACGUGAUCGGAUUUGCAGGGUGGUUUAGCUGAGUGCAUAGGGUGAUGAAUGAGGGUAAGGCCUUAUUAAAAUGCAAAACAUGUCUGGAAGGAGUGUAUUGACAAAGGUAAGAGUGCAGAGUGUAGCCCUUUGACGAUUAUUUCAUAGGUAAUCAGAGGCUCCUCAUUCACUGGCUGUUAUUUUGGCAUUGAUUUAUAUGAUGAUGUUAUGCUACAGUAGUGGGCAGGGAAGAGUAAGGAUGUCAUUCCUGAUAUCUUAAUGCUAGCACUUGCAGGAUAUCUUUGGAUUCUGAAAAAAAUAAAACAGAAAAGAAAAAAAAAAA